GUGAUGGCGCAGCUGCAGGCUCGCUUCUUUACUGAGGAUACGAGAUACACAGUAGAUGAUGUUCCUUUCUCUGUCCCAGCCAUUUCUGAAACGGCUGACCUCAGUAACAUUAUUAACAAACUACUGGAAGCGAAAAAUGAAAACCAUAAAUAUGUGGAAUUUGACUUCCUCGUCAAAGGUCAGUUCUUGCGAAUGGCCUUGGUCAAACACAUGGAAACAGAAAAUAUCUCUACGGAAGAAGUAGUGGAAAUAGAAUAUGUAGAGAAGUACAUGGCUCCUCAGCCGGAACAAUGCAUGUUUCAUGAUGACUGGAUCAGUUCUAUUGCAGCUACAGAAGAAUGGAUUUUGACAGGCUCUUAUGAUCAGACUUCUCAGAUCUGGUCACUAGAAGGCAAACCCAUAACGACUCUUGCUGGGCACGUAGAUGUGGUAAAAGAUGUGGCCUGGGUAAAGAAAGACGGCUUGUCUUGCCUGCUGCUGAGCGCCUCUAUGGAUCAGACAGUCCUGCUCUGGGAGUGGAACGUAGAAAAGAACACUGUGAAAGUGCUUCACCGUUGCAGGGGACAUGCAGGAAGCGUAGAAGCCCUAGCGGUUGAUGGCUCAAGAACGAAAUUUUGCAGUGGAUCCUGGGAUAUGAUGUUAAAGAUCUGGUCUGCAGUGCCUACAGAUGAAGAAGAUGAAAUGGAAAUGGAGGAAGUAGCUGACAGACCAAGAAAAAAGCAGAAAACCGAACAUGUGGGACUAACAAGAACUCCUAUCACAACUCUCUCGGGUCAUACAGGAGCGGUAUCCUCCGUACUCUGGUCAGAUACAGAAGAAUUAUGCAGUGCUUCUUGGGACCACACGAUCAAGGUGUGGGAUGUUGAAACGGGAGGCCUCAAAUCAACUUUGACUGGAAGCAAGGUGUUCAACUCGGUUUCCUACUCACCCCUCUGUCGGCGUCUAGCCUCCGGAAGCACAGACAGACACAUCAGGUUAUGGGAUCCACGCACCAAAGACGGUUCCCUGGUGCUGCUUUCGCUUACCUCGCACACUGGCUGGGUGACGUCAGUCAGGUGGUCGCCCACCCAUGAACAACAGCUAAUCUCUGGCUCUCUAGACAAUCUAGUUAAAAUCUGGGACACAAGGAGCUGCAAGGCUCCCCUCUAUGACUUGGCUGCUCAUGAAGACAAGGUUCUGUGUGUGGAGUGGACAGAAGCAGGGUUAUUGCUGAGUGGCGGAGCGGACAACAAGCUGUAUUCCUACAGAUGUCCAGCAAGUGCCUCAGAUGUUGGCGCAUGAAAACGUCUCUGGUUUUCC